AUGUCUUACGAGAUAGAUCGUGAUGCCACCGAAGAACCGUCCUUAAGGGAGAUGUCUGAAAAGGCUAUUGGAAUCCUUGAAUCUCUGACCGCAAAUAGCGAUAAGGGAUUUUUCCUAAUGAUAGAAGGAAGUCGAAUUGAUAUGGCCGCACAUUCGAACGAUCCAGGUACCCAUGUUCAUGAAAUUCUGGCUUAUCAUCAAACAGUUGAGGCUGUUCGUAAUUACGUUGAUAAUCAUCCUGGUACUGUUGUGAUCUCGGUCAGCGAUCAUGAGACCGGCGGUCUGUCUCUAGCCCGUCAAAUUAAUGCUAGUUAUCCAGAAUACUUGUGGUAUCCGGAUGUGAUAAGUCGUAUCAAGAAUUCUUCAUAUGCGCUUGCAGUUCAACUAAGCAAUUACUGGAAGGAUGACCGAUUAAAGUUCAUAAAUGAAACUGUACUUCGUGGAAGUUUGGGAAUUGAUGAUUUCACCGAUGAAGAAGUAGCCUUUUUGAAUAAAAAUCAAACGAAUCAAGCUUACGAAUAUUAUCUAGCUAAUUUAACCAGUUGGAGAGCUCAGUUAGGGUGGGCAACACAUGGUCACUCGAGCGUUGACGUGAACCUUUAUGCUCACGGAGAUAAUUCCGAGAUGUUACGCGGGAAUCAUGAG